CCAGGAUCUGUACAAGGAGGCCAUGAUGGAGGAGCACCAGCCUCUUGUAUCACAAGAGAAUCCAAAUAAGAAUUUUGAGGAAAACGUCAUGUUAUCAUUAAAUUAUAAUGUAGAAGAUGAAGAUAUCAAGCUGCACUCUACAGGAGAAAGCCUCAUUGCCCUUAAUGUACAUCCAGGACUUCAUAGUACAGAUCUGUCAUAUUAUCCCUCUAAUCAUGAGGAACCUUUUCCUGACCAAUCACAGAUUGUUACCUCAAGUAUAGGUCAGAAAAGGGGUGAAAGGUUUAAUUGUGGUAAAGAGUUCACAAAAAGCUUAGGUCUUUCUACACAAAGCAGUCAUACAGAAGAGAAGUCAUAUUUAUGUUCAGAAUGUGGAAUAUGUUUUAUACAAAAAUCAAAGCUUGUUGCACAUAAGAGAAUUCACAUAGGAGAGAAACCGUAUUCAUGUUCCGAAUGUGGCAAAUGUUAUACAGAUAAAUCUAUUCUUGUUAGACAUGAAAGAUGUCACACAGAGGAGAAACCAUAUUCAUGUUCAAAAUGUGGGAAAUGUUUUACAGAUAAAUCAUAUCUUGUUACUCAUAAGAGAAAUCACACAGGAGAGAAACUGUACUCAUGUUCAGAAUGUGGGAAACUUUUUACACAGAAAUCAUGUCUUGUUAUACAUAAGAGAAGUCACACAGGAGAGAAGCCAUUUUCAUGUUCAGAAUGUGGGAAAUGUUUUACACAAAAAACACAUCUUGUUACACAUGAGAGAAGUCACACAGGACGGAAACCAUAUUCAUGUUCAGAAUGUGAGAAAUGUUUUACACAUAAAUCAAAUCUUGUUAAACAUAAGAGAAUUCACACAGGAGAGAAGCCAUUUUCAUGUUCAGAAUGUGGGAAAUGUUUUACACAGAAAUCAAAUCUUGUUAAACAUAAGAGAAUUCACACAGGAGAAAAGCCAUUUUCAUGUUCAGAAUGUAGCAAAUGUUUUACACAGAAAGCACAUCUUGUUGAACAUAAGAAAAGUCACACAGGGGAGAAGCCAUUUUCAUGUUCAGAAUGUGGCAAAUGUUUUAAAGAGAAAGCAUAUCUUGUUAAACAUGAGAGAAUUCACACAGGGGAGAAACCAUUUUCAUGUUCAGAAUGUGGCAAAUGUUUUAAAGAGAAAGCAUAUCUUGUUGAACAUAAGAGAAUUCACACAGGGGAGAAACCAUUUUCAUGUUCAGAAUGUGGCAAAGGUUUUACACAAAAAACACAUCUUGUUGCACAUGAGAGAAUUCACACAGGGGACAAACCAUAUUCUUGUUCAGAAUGUGGUAAAUGUUUUUCAUUGAAUUCAAGUCUUUUUAGUCAUAAGGGAAUUCAUGUAGGAGAGAUGCUAUAUUCAUGUUCAGAAUGUGGG